GUGAGCCCUGGUUCUAGAGACCGUUACUGCUGACCCUGUAACCCUAAGGACAAAAUAGCUGGCUAAACUUAUUGGUACAGGUGGAUACCAUGUCCUUGAAGAUUCAGACCAGCAAUGUAACCAACAAGAAUGACCCCAAGUCCAUCAACUCUCGGGUCUUCAUUGGAAACCUAAACACGGCUGUGGUAAAGAAGUCAGAUGUGGAAACCAUCUUUUCCAAGUAUGGCCGUGUGGCUGGCUGUUCUGUGCACAAAGGCUAUGCUUUUGUCCAGUAUGCAAAUGAGCGCCAUGCCCGAGCAGCAGUGCUGGGAGAGAAUGGACGGGUGCUGGCUGGACAGACUCUGGACAUCAACAUGGCCGGAGAGCCCAAGCCCAAUAGACCCAAGGGGCUAAAGAGAGCAGCAACUGCCAUAUACAGUGGCUACAGCUUUGACUAUGAUUACUAUCAAGACUACUUCUAUGCCAGGCUGUUUGAUUAUCGAGGCCGCCUUUCUCCAGUGCCUGUGCCCAGGGCAGUCCCAGUGAAGCGACCUCGUGUUACGGUUCCUUUGGUUCGCCGUGUCAAAACUACAAUACCUGUCAAGCUCUUUACCCGUUCCACAGCCAUCACUACUGGCUCAGCCAAGAUCAAGUUAAAGAGCAGCGAGCUACAGACCAUCAAAACAGAAUUGACACAGAUCAAGUCCAACAUCGAUGCCCUCUUGGGUCGCUUGGAACAGAUCGCUGAGGAACAAAAGGCCAACCCAGAUGGCAAGAAGAAGGGCGACAGCAGCAGUGGUGGUGGAAGUGGCAGCAGUGGUGGAGGCAGCAGUGGCAAUGCUGGUGGUAGCGGCGGCAGCAGUAGUGGCAAUGCUGGUGGUGGCAGUGGUAGCUGCAGUAGCAGCAGCCGGCCACAAGCCCCACAAGAAGACACAGCUUCUGAAGCAGGCACACCCCAAGGAGAAGUCCAAACUCGAGAUGAUGCUGAUGAGGAGGGACUGCUAACACAUAGUGAGGAGGAACUGGAGCACAGCCAGGACACAGAUGCAGAAGAUGGGGCUUUGCAGUAAGCAGGAGAAAUGGCCACCAGCAGAAGAGCAUCACUGUCUCAGGCCUCAAGACAGGCACCCAUCUCUGGAUGCCAGUUUGUAGCGGGUACCAGAGGAAAGCUGACAGUAGGCACUCCUCUCCCCAUGCAUCCCAGCCAGUGAGUGCUACAUCCUUUGCAAGUGGAGUUACUGGCCUACCCCUUACCCCAUGCACUCUUCCUGUCUGCACUGCCUGGGCAAAGAGGCAGAACACAUUCUGCCCUUUUCCCCCAGGGCAUUCCCAGGCUUGGGGUUUUUCUAUAGGUUUGAAAGUAGGGGCGGGGGUUGGGAUGGGUGGGGGAAACCUGAGAAUAAAGAGAUUGGAUCCAAA